GCCAUUUGGAGAAGCCGUUUUAGCCGUUAACUAAACAAAUUCCCGCCUCUCCAAACUCCACCGUAAACCACCGUCCGCCACCGCCGGAAAACCCCAAAAUGCCGAUCUCAACCCUCUUCUCUCUCCUCCUCCUCGCGUUCUCUCUCAUCCCACCACCCGUCACGGCGGAGAUCAAAACCUUACAAGUCAAAAACGACAAUCGCCCAAUGAUCCUCUUCGAAAAAUUCGGAUUCACAAGCAAGGGAUCCGCCGCGGUCACCAUCUCCUCGGUAUCCGUCACCUCCGGCCUCAACCAACCCGAUCCAUCGCGUAUCGGGUUCUUCCUCCUCUCCGAAGGCUCCCUAAACCAAGUCCUCAUGGAACUUGAAUUCAACCACAUUCCAUGUGUGGUUGAUUCCAGAUUCAUUUCCCUUUUAUUCACAUUCCAAGAUCUCGCGCCUCCGCCUCACUCAUCGAUUAAUAAAUCGUAUCCGGUUGGGUACCCGGGUGAGUAUUUUCUCCUGUUUGCUAAUUGUAACCCGGGAUCGCGUGUUACGAUGGAUGUGAGGAUGGAGUUGUAUAAUAGUGAUGAUGGGAAGCAUAGGGAUUACUUGUCGGCCGGUGAAUCGCUGCUCCCGUCGCUUUACUUUGUGUUUUCUAUGAUUUAUCUAUGUUUCUUCGGGUUUUGGAUCGUUGAAUGCAAGAAAAAUAAGUUGUCCCUUCACCGGAUUCAUGUGCUUAUGGGUGUGUUGCUUGUUGUGAAGGCUUUUAACUUGAUUUGUGCUUCAGAGGAAAAACAUUACAUCAAAGUUACAGGUACACCUCACGGAUGGGACGUGUUAUUCUACACGUUCCAAUUCUUCCGCGCAGUGCUUCUUUUCACGGUGAUCAUCUUGAUUGGCACCGGAUGGUCAUUUCUGAAACCAUUUUUACAAGAAAAGGAGAAGAAACUGUUAAUGAUAGUGAUCCCCCUUCAGGUUCUAGCAAAUGUAGCAUCAGCAGUGAUAGGGGAAAACGGUCCAUUCAUCAAGAGUUGGGUCACAUGGAACCAAGUGUUCUUGUUAGUAGAUUUAAUAUGUUGUUGCGCGAUUCUCUUCCCCAUUGUUUGGUCGAUUCGAUCACUACGUGAAACUUCUAAAACCGACGGGAAAGCUGCUAGAAAUCUGGCUAAAUUGACCCUUUUCAAGCAGUUCUAUGUUUUGGUAAUUGGGUACUUGUAUUUCACAAGAAUUAUCGUCUUCUCGUUGACAACAAUUUCAUCGUAUAAAUUUGAGUGGGUGUCUAACGCGGCUGAAGAAGUAGCCAGUCUUGUGUUCUAUAUGAUGAUGUUUUAUAUGUUCAGGCCAACUGACAGAAAUGAUUACUUUCUUGUUAAUGAGGAUGAAGAAAAGGAAGCCGAGAGGUAUUUGCAGGCACAUGAGUUUGAGCUUUGAAUUGUUGCAAAUGUUACAAGUACGUUAGCUGGAAUGAUCUGCUGUUAUCUGUAUAAAAAAUUUCAGAUCAGUUAUAGUGUCUGUAUUAAAAAUCAUGUAUAAACAUGUCACUAU